AUGUAUAAUUUUGUGUUCGUGGUACUGUGUGCGCUGCUGGUUGGCGGAGCGCUGGGUGAGGCGGCGCUCGGCAACUACUACAAGGAUGUUGUGCGGGAGCAGCACAAGCUAAUAAAUGAGAUGAAUCAAAACUUUACCGAGCUCGAGAAGGCCAGCGAAAAGCUGAUCGAUCUCGGCUUCUACGUCGGCAAACACAAGCUGCCACCGAAAACGGUCAAGAUCACCAAAACGGUGGCAGUGAAGGUGCCCGUACCGUUCCCGGUGAAGGUACCGGAACCGGUGCCGGUCCCGGUGCCAGUGAGCAAACCUGUCCCGGUCCCCGUUCCGACACUGGUCGCGAUACCGGUCGAGAGUACUGUCGCGACCUUGCCGGCAGUUACUGUGGCCGGUAACAGUAACGGUGACCCAAGUCCGUCGCCGGCACCCACGGAUGCUGACCCAGCGUCGUCACAGGCGCACGCUAGCACGGUGCAGGUCCAAGAGUACGUACAAUCGUUUCCAAUACACUCUGUAUACGACGCUGGCGACGAUUACAAUCCCAUGGAAGGAAACCGUCUCGCACUAGCGGAACACACUGCAUCCCCUACUGAGAGCACGUUCAGUAAACCAAGUCCUUCUUCACUUCAACAGUUGGAAGAGUAUCACCACCAGCACCACCAGCACCACCAUGCCCAGCAGCAUUCGCAACAGUCGAAGCAUCAUCAACAUCAAAGCGCAACGCAAACGGGAUCGCAUUCGAGCGCGGAACAGUACUACGGGGGACACGGGAUCGGGGGCAGCGGGGGUGCCCAACGACAGUACUAUGUCGGUGGUGCUCAAGUUCAAACCGGUGCGCAUCCGGCUGCAAAGUUCCGACCUGAGUCUCAUGCGCUCCAACCGGCGGCCGAAUCGUAUGACUUCGGGGACUCCGCCAGCCAAUUCCACUCGGCCGCGUUCGCCCGUGCCACGGAUUCGCCCUAUUCCGCUGCGUCAGGCCUCACCGGAGACAAAUCUGCACCGUCUGCGUCGUCGGCCAUCGGUGAAGACUACCACUUUGCCACCGAGCAGCAGCAGCAGCAGUUCCAGCGAGGACAGCACGGAGAAUCUAACUUCGAGACAGAGCAAUUCAGUCGAGGAGGAGGAGGGGGAGGAAGAGGAGGAGACGCAGGAACAACUGGACGAGGAGGAGAAUCGAGCGGAGGAAGAAUCUUUGGAGGAGAGAUCGGAGGAAUCGGAGGAACAGGAGGUGAUCCGCAAGCCAGUGCGCACUCGUACGUCAAGUUCAGCGAAACUGCGGACCUCCACCAACAAGCGGACCACGAAGCGGCCCCGGUACCGCGAUACCAAAGUGAAGGCGAAACGCGACUCCAAGCGGGAUUCGAAGCGGGAUUCCAAGAAGGGUUACAAGCGACACACCAAGCUGGACUCGAAGCGGGACUCCAAGCGGGACUCGAAGCGGGACUCCAAGCGGAACAAGCUGCCGAAAAAGGUGCGCACCGUCAUGGAGCCGGUACCAAAGGUCAAGAAAGCAACGAGCUCACUCCACGCCCGUUCCAAACUGUUCGCGAAUCGUACCCGCACUAUGAAAAGCCCGAUUUACGUCACUACCACGGAGAGUCCGGUGACCGCCACAACCACCACCACCACCAGACCAUUCAUAACCACCAUCAUACCGAUCAUUCGCAGCAAACCGCUGGCCGCGGUGGAAGCAGUACCGGCAGCAUCCUCACCGAAGGCUACGAUCACCCAGCUUUCGCCAAGUCGAACCGACCUGCUGCUGCAGGAGUCACCACCACCGCCACCGGAACUCUUUCCCCCGCCGCCCCUACACACGGUUACACGGUAUCGGGGGAGCGGUCCAUUUACCCGCCGGUAUCCACCGCGGGCUACCAUCAUACGCAUCCAUAUCCAGCGAACCUACCGGGGGAAGCGCAUAAAGAUCUACGUCAUCAAGCCGACGCCACCGGAGCCGAACGCUUUCCUUUCUACCACGCCACCAAACACGAUCCCCACCUUGCUCGGCCUGCCCUCAAACCGUAUCACUCAGGCGCUGCUGCCGGACCAGCCUAUCAGCUACAGCAACAGUAUGGCGAUCACAAGGAGUCCCAGGCGCGCGGUGCCGCCGCGCAAACCGAACUUCGGCAAGGUGGCACCGGUGGCUACAGUACCUACACCGAGCACCACAACUACCACCACCACCAUCACUACCUCAACGGUCAGCAGCACGAUCGCCCGAAGCACAAGGGAAGUUACGGAUCCCGCUCGAUCAAGCCCAUCGUCUACAGUGUCCCCAGUGACGCACACCUCUACCCUGGCUACAACCAGCACCACGCUCACCAGCACGGAAGCGCCAGUGACGCAACCAACGCCGGCAACCACGCCGGAACGGCCGGCAAGUUCCACUAUCACUUCCACAAUGUCCACCCAGUUGGUGCCGGAAGUGGACCAGACCACCAUCACGAGUCAGCUGCCAGCGAGCAGUACACCGUCCAUACCGAGUACGGUGGUGUUGCCGGACCGGACGGAAGCGUCGUAACGUCGUACGAUCCACCUGCCAGCGGCAGCACCAUACACUUCCACGACGACGGUACGGGUGACAUGUUUGCCGGUGCUUCUACCGUGCAGGAACAACAUCGGGCACCGUACGGGGAGUCCUCGGACUCGUACCGGCACACGCAAUGA